ACAAAAGCUGCUUUCGAGAUUUUCAAUAAUCUAAACUCCGAGUCUCUGAUCCUGUCGUUCACAGGACCUGUAGAUUUCUAGAAACUAAAACCCUAAUUCGGAAAACCAAAAUUAUUGAUUUUGAACCCCAAAUGUACGGAGAUCAGCAGGCAACUAUGCCCAGUUUCACUUCAUACCCGACUAAUAACCCUAACCCUGAUCCUAACCCCCCUAACGCCGAUGCCUCGCUGUACCAGUAUUCUCAUGGAUUCGAUGGGUCGGAAAUGCAAUCCGCAUUUGAGCUUGAAGAAGCUGCAGCAUCACAGAAUGAGGUGAUUUUUCAGAUAACCGAUUCAACUACAUUUGAACAUGCAACUGGCAACAUCGGUGAUGAGGCACAGCAUGUGGUGAACACAACAACAAGUCAGCCUGAAAGCAUAGAACCCAUUCAAUGUGAGGUAUGCAAUAUUACUUGUACAAAUAGGGACAUAUUCGAGAAACAUACACAAGGAAAAAAGCACAUGAAGAAUAUGCAAAAGAUUGCCAUUUCAUCUGUCAUUGGACCAAAAGUGACACCACCCACUGCUACUGCAACUUCAGUAGGAGAGUUGGAGAAUAAAAAACACUUGUUAUUGCAAAAUGGAGCAUCAGUUGAUAAAUUACUCUACUGUCAAACUUGCAAUGUGGUAUGCAAUAAUCAAGAUGCCUUUCAUGCUCAUCUUGCUGGUAGAAAGCAUUCUUCAAAGGCAAUCAUGCAGGGUGCGAGUACAAAUGACGUUUUUAACCCCACAUCAAACAAGGGUCAUGAGGCUCGGAUGAAUCCUGACCCCUUGAGGUGUGAACUUUGCAAAAUCAGCUGCACAAGCUUUGAACUCCUCAACACACACCUGUCAGGGAAGAAACACCUCAAGAAACUUAGAGAAUCAGAGCAAAUAUCAGAUCUGCCCUUGACCUUUGUCACUUCACUGGACACCCAACGUAUGCAAAAUCAGGAGUCUACCGAGGGCAAAGCCGUCAUUUCACAUGAAGGUAACACGCUGUCGUGUGAACUUUGUGGGAUCAGUUGCAACACUUAUGAGAUGCUCAGAGUUCACCUCUCAGGAAAGAAACACCAGAAGAAUUUGGAGAAAUCAGAAAAAGGAAUUGGACCUAACACUGAGCAAGGGAUGCUGCAAGAUGAAGGGAAGGAAGAGGGUAAAGUUGUAAAUUUGGUGGAUGGGAGUAACAGGAAGACAAAGAGAGUGGCAAGUGAUGAGGAAUUGGAGGCAAAGAGGCAGAAGAUUCUUCAAGGAGGAGCUGCAUCCAAUGGCUUAAGAACUUGUACUGUGUGCAAUGUUGUUUGUAGCAGUCCGGCUGUGUAUACCUCUCAUCUUGCUGGUAAGAAGCAUGCUGCAAUGGCUGUGAAACAGGCAGAAACUGGAUUGACUGGUCAAGAAACAAAACUUGAUGAAAAUUGUGACUUUAAGAAGAAUCUCGUCACAAAAUUGGAAGGAUUUGAACCCCAAAUGUCCGGAGAACAGCAACAAUUAGAUAUAACUAACCCUAACCCUAACUCUCCUCACGCUGAUGCCUCGAUCUCAAUGUACGAGGAUUCGCGUGGAUUCGAUGGGUUGGGAGCCCGACCCGCAUUUGAGCUUGACAGAGCUGCAGGGCCACAGAGUGGGAUGAUUCCACAGACUACUGAUUCAACUACAUACGAACAUCAUGUUGUGAAUGAUGCGAUAGUAACAACAAGAAGUCAGCCAAAAAGCAUCCAGUCUAUGCAAUGUGAGGUAUGCAAUGUUACUUGUGACACUAAAGAUGUACUUGAGAAACACAAACAAGGUAAAAAACACUUGAAGAAUAUGCAAAAACUUGCCAUUUCAUCUGUCAUUUCACCAAAAAUGCCACCACCAACACCCACACCCACACCCACUGCAAGUGAAACUUCAGUAGAAGAAUUGGAGAAUAAGAAGCACAAGUUAUUGCAAAAUGGAGCAUCAGUUGAUAAAUUUCUCUACUGUGAAACUUGCAAUGCGGUAUGCAAUAAUCAAAAUGCCUUCCAGGCUCAUCUCGCUGGUAAAAAGCAUUCUGCAAAGGUAAUGAUGCAGCUUGUGGUUACGAAUGGGGUUGUUAACACCACAUCAGAAUCAGACCCUAAGGAUCCUACUCCCGAGCCUGAGGUUCAAACCAAUAAUAAUCCCAACCCCAUACGGUGUCAACUCUGCAAAAUAAACUGCUCCAGCAUUGAAGUCCUCAACACACACAUGUCAGGGAAGAAACACCUCAAGAAACUUAAAGAAUCAGACCAAAUACCGGAUCCUUCCUUGACCCUUAUCAAUUCACAACAAGGUAAACCCGUGUGGUGUCAACUUUGUGGGAUCAGUUGCGACACAUACGAUGUCUUCAAAACCCACCUAUCAGGAAAGAAACACAAAAAGAAUUUGGAAAAAUCAGAAAAACCAGUGGGACCUACUACUACUACUACAGGAGGAGGGAUGUUGCAAAAUGAAGAGGGUAAAGUUGUAAAUGUGGAUGGAAAUGGAAGUGACAGGAAGACAAAGAGAGUGGGAGGUGAUGAGGAUAUGGAGGCAAAGAGGCAGAAGAUUUUGCAAGGAGGAGGAGCAUUGGAUGCUUUAAGGAUUUGUACGGUGUGCAAUGUUGUUUGUAGCAGCCCUACUGUGUAUGAUUCUCAUGUUGCUGGUAGGAAGCAUGCUGCAAAUGCAAUGCUUGUCAAACAGGCAGAAACCCAUGAAAUCUGAAUGUGUAGUUAUUUUUGUAGAUAUAAAUUCUGAAUUUGAGAUGAAUGAAUCUUGGAUAGUUUUUUGACUAGGAAAAUAGUUAUGAUGAUCAUAUUAAUUUUGUCUAUUUUUAUAUAUUAAA